AUGGCAGCUUCGGAGGAUUCCGUACCCCCUCCUGUGCGCAUCUCCAAGAUCGCAGACCGCUAUCUGGUCUUCGACGCCCAAGACGUGGCUAUCAUCCGGCGCAACCACAACAUCUGCUCAAUACUAGUGGGAACUACACCUCAGAAUCCAACCCAGAACGUAUUUCUUAGUUUACCGCUUGAACUGCUACCUGAAGAGGCCAGCGUGCUCGUCGAGAAGAAGGUAGGCCGUCUCGUCGAUGAGGCUUCGUACCACUUGUCGUCCUUGCGCUCCCCGGAGGGGAUCACCCGCCAGACCUACAUUACACUUCUUAAGGAUCGCCGGCAUACGGCCCAGAAGCUACUGGCUGAGGACCAGGCCAGAAAGGCAGCCAUGGAACAAGCGAGGAGGGUCAACGGCGCCAAAAGACCUUCCGCUGCCCCCAACCCAGCUGACCAAUUGGACCUAUUCCCUCCAGAAACAUCCAUCCUGGACAGUUCUGCUAAACCCCGUGAUAGUGCUGGUGCCCAAUUAGCGUUAACAGUCACACCAACAACCAGCGAUGGCCUGCAGAUCCUCUCGGAGGAUGGGUCGGACCCUGUGGGCUGGCCUCCUGCUGUUCCGUUGCAUCGGCACCUACAAUCGAAGGGCUACUUUAUGACGCCUGGCCUCCGUUUCGGCGCUGACUACAGCGUGUAUCCCGGUGACCCACUUCGAUAUCACGCCCACUUCCUCGCCACAAACUACGACUGCGACGAGAACAUACCCAUGCUUGAUAUUGUCGGUAGUGGUCGCCUAGGCACCUCGGUCAAAAAGGGAUUCUUGUUUGGCGGUGAGGUACCUGACCUGGGUGGAUCCUCGAGGCAGGUGCGCACGUUUUGUGUUGAAUGGGCUGGGAUGUGA